AACAGCCCCGGCUUCCAAGGUCGGAGGUGACAUUGACAGGCGCCCCGGAUGUUAUAAUGCCGGGCAGUUUUUCUCUGGUCUAUUUUUGUGCGAUUUUUUAAGGAUAACACGCAAAAUAUGAAGUGGAAGAGUGGGUGUAAAGCCGCGACCGUGCACAUGUACGAAUUUGACAAGGCAGACGCGAGAGAAGCUGGGAGGAUCCACGGUGACCUGCCGGGUGCGGGUCGCGCAUGCGCGAGGAAGGCUUUGUAUUCACGUGGAUGAAGGGCAGAGGCGUCAGUCUGAGCUGAGAGCUAGAGCGGGUUGUAGAGGUAUCAUCUAUCAUUAUACCGGGCAGCAUGGCUGGACAAGCUUUUAAGAAGUUUCUGCCAUUAUUCGACCGCGUUCUUGUUGAGCGAUUUGCUGUAGAAACUGUCACUAAAGGAGGAAUUAUGCUUCCAGAGAAAUCACAGAACAAAGUGCUUCAAGCUACAGUGGUCGCUGUUGGAGGUGGAUCCAAAGGAAAGGAUUUUUACAACUGGCCUGAUGAAUCGUUUGAAGAAAUGGAUAGUACGUUGGCUGUUCAACAGUACAUUCAACAGAAUAUAAGGACAGAUUGUUCUAACAUUGACAAAAUUCUGGAACCCCCUGAGGGUCAGGAUGAAGGAGUGUGGAAAUAUGAACAUCUUCGACAAUUUUGUCUUGAGCUUAAUGGGCUUGCUGUCAAACUCCAGACUGAAUGCCACCCUGAUACCUGUACUCAGAUGACUGCAACUGAACAAUGGAUAUUUCUUUGUGCGGCCCAUAAAACACCAAAAGAGUGUCCUGCUAUAGACUACACAAGACACACGCUUGAUGGAGCUGCAUGUCUACUAAAUAGCAAUAAAUAUUUUCCAAGCAGGGUUAGCAUAAAGGAGUCUUCAGUAGCCAAACUAGGAUCAGUAUGCCGUAGGAUCUACAGAAUAUUUUCCCAUGCCUACUUUCAUCAUCGCCAAAUAUUUGAUGAAUAUGAGAAUGAAACCUUCUUGUGUCACCGUUUCACUAAAUUUGUGAUGAAGUAUAAUCUUAUGUCCAAGGAUAAUCUGAUUGUUCCUAUUCUGGAAGAGGAGGUGCAAAAUUCAGCUGCUGGGGAAAGUGAAGCAUGAUCAUCCUAGCAGAGAACUGCAUCUGUGUUUUCGAACCUAUUAACAUUUACGUACUGUAUAUAUAAUUUUAGAUUCUUCAAUCAUGUAUCCUUAUAAUGGCUUCUUUGUUUAGUAUAGGUUUUGUAUACUAUGCGUGUUACCUUUUUAAAUUUGGGAAAUAUAUUAAGUUAUUCAUUGGCUGUAUAUUCAUCAACGUGGCUUUCAUGGUUUUUAAGAAUUUAGGAUUCUGUUCGUAAUGCCUGUUUUAAUAAAAUAGCUUUUGGUUCUCUUUGUUACAUACUACACAAUCUUUUGAUCGUACUUGGGGAAAACAUCACCAACUUUGAUAGGCAGUUUAUUAAUAAGAUAUCGAUAUGAGAAUGCAGGGCGUCUCACUGUAAAUCCUUUUUUGAAGAUCAUUUUUUGCUGUGAAAUAUGUAAAACAGAAUUUUGCUGUUAUAGGCUUGUCUGUUCAUUAAAUUGUGUAAUAUUGGUAUAUAUAUAGAAGUAUUUUUAAAUGUAAUGGAAUAUAGUUAUAUACCAGUACACUUGAUUGGAACUCUUUAAGCAAUAUUUACUAAGUGGUGUCACAUUGUAUCUUCUGUCCGGAAGAGCGCAUACCUCACUUUCUUCUCAUGGAGUUGCACCGCUUGGUAAAUACAGCACCUGAUCUGAGCACAGCAUCCUUCCUUAUUUCUGUGCCUCUUGUGGUCAAACGUAAAGUUGCAGAUUCCAAAACAAAUGAUAAAUGAGCUUACUGUCAUGGCCUUCAAUAAAAAUAAAGCAUAUUAUCAACUUUC